GAUCCAUUUUGAGACGACAGAGCAGAAAACACUACAUGGAGAUUAUUGAAAAAUAAAGAUCCAUUUUGAGACGACAGAGCAGAAGACGCUAUAUGGAGAUUACUGACAAAUAAAAUCUCCAACCACCUCAGAGAUCAGUCUCUCCAGUACCCAGUCAUCUGUCCAUGAAGAGCGACUUCUCUAUGGAUCGUCCAAUACAUUUUAGUGAUGGAUCAGGGACCUUUGACCCCAGAAUCUCCAAGCAAACUCAGUCUCUCCAGAGAUCAGUCUCUCCAGUACCCAGUCAUCUGUCCAUGAAGAGCGACUUCUCUAUGGAUCGUCCAAUACAUUUUAGUGAUGGAUCAGGGACCUUUGACCCCAGAAUCUCCAAGCAAACUCAGUCUCUCCAGAGAUCAGUCUCUCCAGUACCCAGUCAUCUGUCCAUGAAGAGCGACUUCUCUAUGGAUCGUCCAAUACAUUUUAGUGAUGGAUCAGGGACCUUUGACCCCAGAAUCUCCAAGCAAACUCAGUCUCUCCAGAGAUCAGUCUCUCCAGUACCCAGUCAUCUGUCCAUGAAGAGUGACUCCUCUAUGGAUCGUCCAAUACAUUUUAGUGAUGGACCAGGGACCUUUGACCCCAGAAUCUCCAACCAAACUCAGUCUCUCCAGAGAUCAGUCUCUCCAGUACCCAGUCAUCUGUCCAUGAAGAGUGACUCCUCUAUGGAUCGUCCAAUACAUUUUAGUGAUGGACCAGGGACCUUUGACCCCAGUGACUUCUCCAUGCAUCAUCCUGUUAAUUCCAGUGGUGGAAGAUCAAUCACCUUUGACCGAAGUGGAUGGUCUACUCUGCCAGAGGAUCAGUCCAGGUGUGCAGUGUGCCAGCAGGUUCUGAGGGAUCCAGUCUCUAUCACCUGUGGACACAGGUUCUGCAGACAGUGCAUCACCAGAUACUGGGAGAAACCUGCUCCUUCAGGAGACUAUGACUGUCCUCAGUGUAGAAAGAGAUCCAGAACACUUCCUGUACUACAGCACCUGAGGGAACCUAAUGAUGCAAGAGGCUCUGAAAACAUGGAUGACAGCCUGCAGAGAGCUAUAGUAAACCAUAAAGCCAGUCUAAAAAGGAGGUAUGAAUGUGUGAUAGAAGGCAUGGAAACAGCAGGGAACCAAACUCCCCUCAACAGGAUUUACACAGAGCUCUACAUCACAGAAGGAGAGAGUGAAGGGGUUAACAAUGAACAUGAGGUGUGGCAGCUAGAGACAGCAUCCAGGACACCAACCUCACAUGACACAGCAAUCCACUGCAAUGACAUCUUUAAACCCUUACCUGGCCAAGAGAGAAGCAUCAGAACUGUGCUGACGAAGGGCAUCGCUGGCAUCGGAAAAACAGUCUCUGUGCAGAAGUUCAUCCUAGACUGGGCUGAAGGGAAGGCAAACCAAGAUAUGGAGAUCAUAUUUGUGCUUCCUUUCCGGGAGCUGAACUUGAUCAAAGAUCGUCAGUACAGUCUUCUCAGACUUUUAAAUGACUUCCACACAGAACUAGACAUAGGCAAUGCAAAGAAACUCACUGCCUGUAAAGCUAUGUUCAUCUUUGAUGGUUUGGAUGAAAGCAGACUUCCAUUGGAUUUCCAGCACAAUGAAAAGGUGUCUGAUGUCACCCAGACAUCAUCUGUUGAUGUUCUGCUGACAAACCUCAUCAAGGGGAAUCUGCUUCCCUCUGCUCUCCUAUGGAUAACCUCCCGACCAGCAGCAACCAAUCAGAUCCCCCCUGAGUGUGUUAACCAGGUGACAGAGGUACGAGGGUUCAAUGACCCACAGAAGGAGGAGUACUUCAGGAAGAGAUUCGUUGAUGAGGACCUGGCCAACAGAAUCAUCUCACACAUAAAGACAUCAAGGAGCCUCCACAUCAUGUGCCACAUGCCGGUGUUCUGUUGGAUUUCUGCAAUAGUCCUUGAACACAUGUUGAGUACAGACAAGAGGAGAGAGAUGCCCACGACUCUGACUGAGAUGUCCAUACACUUCCUGCUCAUUCAGACCAGCCUGAAGAACCAGAAAUAUCAUGGAAGAGAUGAGAUGGAUCAAGAGGAGCUCAUGGAGUCAGAUAAGGAAAUUCUUCUGAAGCUGGGGAAGCUGGCGUUUGAAAAUCUGGAGAAGGGUAAUCUCAUGUUCUAUGAAGAAGACCUGAAAGAGUGUGGCCUUGAUGUCAAAGAAGCCUCAGUGUACUCAGGAGUGUGCACACAAAUCUUUAAAGAAGAGUCUGUGAUAUUUCAGAGAGUGGUGUACUGCUUUGUUCAUCUCAGCAUUCAGGAGUUUCUCUCAGCUGUCUACAUGUACCAUUGUUACACAGCCAGGAACAUGGAUGCACUGAAGCCUUUCCUCAAGCGAAAGUCUAGAGGUGUGUCUGAAGAGCUAACCUUGCAUGAGCUGCUGAAGAGUACCGUGGAUAAAGCCUUGGAGAGUAAGAAUGGACACCUGGACCUUUUUGUCCGCUUCCUUCAUGGCAUGUCACUAGUGUCCAAUCAGAAACUCCUACGAGGUCUGGUGACACAGACAGAAAGCAGUCCAGAGAGCGUCCAGAAAACAAUCCGAUCCCUUAAGGUGAUGCAGAGGAAGAACAUGUCCCCUGAGAGGUGCAUCAAUCUCUUCCACUGUCUGAUAGAGAUGAAAGACCAUUCAGUACAGGAGGAAAUCCAAGAGUACUUGAGGUCAGAAAAGAGAUCCAAAAACCUCACACAUGCUCAGUGUUCAGCACUGGCCUACAUGCUGCAGAUAUCAGAGGAGGUUCUGGAUGUGUUUAACCUGAAGGAAUACAAGACAUCAGAGGAGGGUCGUAGGAGACUGCUCCCAGCUGUGAGAGGCUGCAAGAAAGCUCUGUAA